AUGAGCGAGAUCACUCACCCCACUAUCCAGGAUGGCUGGUUCUCCGAGAAGUCCGGCAUGUGGCCCGGCCAGGCCAUGAGCCUCAAGGUUGACCGUAUCCUGCACCACGAGAAGUCCAAGUACCAGGACGUCCUGAUCUUCGACUCCAGCGACUACGGCACCGUCCUCGUUCUGGACAACGUCAUCCAGUGCACCGAGCGCGAUGAGUUCUCUUACCAGGAGAUGAUCGCCCACCUGGCCCUGAACUCCCACCCCAACCCCGAGAAGGUUCUCGUCAUCGGCGGUGGUGACGGUGGUGUCCUGCGCGAGGUCGUUAAGCACGAGUCCGUCAAGUCCGCCACUCUUUGCGACAUUGAUGAGGCUGUCAUCCGUCUCUCCAAGAAGUACCUGCCCGGCAUGGCCGUCGGCUUCGAGCACCCCAACGCCCACGAGUACGUCGGUGACGGUUUCGAGUUCCUCAAGACCCACAAGAACGAGUUCGAUGUUAUCAUCACCGACUCCUCCGACCCCGAGGGUCCCGCCGAGUCUCUCUUCCAGAAGCCCUACUUCGAGCUUCUCAACGAUGCCCUCCGCGAUGGCGGUGUCAUCACCACCCAAGGUUCCGAGAACCAAUGGCUCCACCUCUCUCUCAUCGCCGACCUGAAGAAGUCCUGCAACGAGGUCUUCCCUAUCGCCGAGUACGCCUACACCACCAUCCCCACCUACCCCUCCGGCCAGAUCGGCUUCAUGGUCUGCUGCAAGGACGCCACCCGCAACGUCAAGGAGCCCCUCCGCUCCUGGUCCCCCGAGGAGGAGGAGCGUCUGUGCCGCUACUACAACAAGGAGAUCCACCGCGCCAGCUUUGUCCUGCCUAACUUCGCUCGCAAGGCUCUGAACAACUAA